AUGAAUUUAUUUCUUUCGUAUUUGUUGGCAUAUUGUGUAAAAGGGGUCUUUCUUUGGGAUCCUACAAGGUUUGAUGCCGACGAGAGAGCAGCAGAUACUGCCAAGUUAAUAAACCUCGUUAAUAACGCUGAUAGUUUUAAAGUCUUAUAUAUAUCAAGGUCCUAUGAUGAAGAUAAAAAAGAAGAUGCAGAUGAUGCGAACUUACUUGAUUCAAUGAAACUUCUUCAUAAGACAUUUGACACGUAUAGGAAAUCCAAUGACUUCAUAGAUGGGGCCAAUAUACAAUAUAUCAGUAAUCCUGAAGUUCUAGAAGAUUACAAGAAACUGCCCAAGGAGCGUUCUGAAAUUCGAGAUAUCAUUAAUGGCGAAAUUACUACUGAAAGUUCGUCUAUUGAAGAAUCAACAGUAAACAACAGUAAAAAAUCAUCUCAACGACUGAAAAGGUUUAGGAAACACUUUAGAAGAAGAAAAGAAACUAAUUUAGACACAAGUAAUUUUGUUGACAAUGAUGAUGCUGAGAAAAUCAUAGCUGGUGUUCCUGAACCGCAGGAUUCAAAAGAAACAAAACGUUUCAUACUCAGGUCCAUGCAUAACUCAAACCAAGGGAAUCCUAUAAUAGAACCGGUAUUGAACACAUACACGGUAAGAGUCAGCCUGCAAAAAGGUAGAAAACCUAAGACAAAUAAUAAUUUAAAUGUUUUAAGCAAAAUACUUGUACCCAAGGAAAGUCCUAAGAAAAAAUCACGCAGCAAAAACGAACUUAAAAGUAUAAACAAUUCAAAGCAAAACUGGAGUUCUGAAGAUAAAACAGACGUUAUGGUCAACGUAGAAAAAAGAUUCAAAAUCGCGUCAGAAAUAAAGGAAAAAAAUACACUGAAAUUGUCAGCAAAUAAGCAGGAAAGUAGAAUAAACAAAAAUAUUCCUAAUGAGCUAAGGAGAGAGAAGAAAAAUAGACUCAGCGAUAACCGAAACAGUAAGGUAAGAACAAGACAAAAAACUCAUAACGUUGAUAAUACGGAAACAAAAGAUGAAAACAAAAGAAAUAUUGUGCCAAAUAAAGAUGAAAGGAAACCUGAAUUUCGUGAUGCAAAAUUCGAAAGAGAAAUUAACCAGAGAAAAAAAGAUAGUAUAUGGAGCAAACCGUACAAUAGUAAAAAUGUAAAUACCUUCGAAAACUAUGAUAAUGAUGAAAGACCAAAAAUAAAUAAGAAACUAAAAUCAAACGAUUGGAGUAAACAAAACAAUAUGGAUAAAAAAUACGAGGAUAGGGAUACAACAUCCAGUAACAGAAAUAAAAAAAAUGACAGUUGGAAUAAAAGAGAUGAUCGCAUGGACAGAAAGGAUGAUAUCUGGGAUAAAAAAGACGACAGUCGAAGUAAAGAAAGAACUUGGAAUAAAAAAGACUAUGACAAUAAGAACAAAAGAAAAGAUGACGACGAUUUGAAAAGCGAUGGUAAAUUUAAAAAAUAUAGCGAUUUAGAUAACACUGGAACAGAUAAAACAGAAAAUGCUGGAUGGGGCAACUAUGCUUUGUUCAAAAAUUUACGAGACAAGAAAAAUAGUAUGGAGGGAGGCAAUGUUCAAAAGGAGAAAAUAAUACCAAAAGUACACAUAAGAGCACCAAAACCCAGCUCUUAUGAGAGUUACGCACCACAAAGAUAUGAUUAUUAUCAGAAACCGAAAAAAAACCUGCGCACCUUCAAUAGGACUCCUAUCCCGAUGGCAGGGAAGAGACCUGUAUUUGACUAA